AUGGACUUGGACGCCAGCGACAUCGUUGACGCCAGAGACAGCUUCGACGAGGCUAGCGAUACCUGGGACAGUAGCGACGAGUCGGAGGAUAUUGAGCCGGAGGAGGCCUACAACGACGCCUUGGUCUACAUCAAGCACUUCAGCCAUGUGUACCACAACUCGGUCACUUCAUGCCGGUAUGACGAUUGGUUGCAGCUGCGCGUCGACGGCGUCGAUGGUCUCCUCUCGUGGCCGCUGCCAGAGCACCGAGUGCGACAACUGGCGGCGCUGGCUGGCGACACGAACGCCAUUCCCGCCGACAAGCUUUACAUCCGCAACGAUGCGUCGUGGUCCACCUAUCUACUCCAAAACUUCCUCGACGUCGUCCAGCGCAACGUCUUGGACCCGGCACCACAAGGGCAGAAGAUGCGCGUUCUUCUCUCGCACCUCGUGGUUGACAGCGUCGGGUCGGCGGCAGCACUCCAGGCGACGGGCUCGGGCAACUCGUUUGGCUCGCUCCUCAUCGAGCUGCCGUCACCGUACGAAGGCGGCGACCUGACGUAUCCGCACCGUUCCGGCCCGGAGUGCCUGAAGGCCGUGGCACGAAACGCGACGCGCAUCACAACAACGCUCUUCGGCACAGAGCUCUCGUCAGCGCCCAUCACGAGCGGCACACGCAUCGCCCUCGUCUACAGCCUCGUGGCCGACGGGCCCGUGACUCGGCCGACCCAAGACGCGGUGAUCACGGAGCUCACGCUGCUCGCAGAAACCUCGCCACUCGAGUACGUUGCGUAUAUGCAGGCCGAGACGGAGGACGACGAGCUCUCGUUCGCGGCGCUCAACUCGACCGACACGACGCGUGUGGAGGUGCUUCUGGCCACCAGCGCCUUUGACAUCGCACUCGUCACCUUUCACAAGCCACGUACGAUGGCCGAGGCCGACGAGGUCGAUGGCGAUCCAUAUGUGAACAGCGUCGAGCGCUUUCUUCUGCACCCGGCGUGUAGGAUGCCCGCUGAUGUCGCAAAUGGCCUCUACGGCCUGAGCGAGGACGCCUUUCUCACCCGGGUGCUGCCGCUUCUCCAAGCCGCUGUGGACGAUCCGACAACCGCCGACUUGAUCGGCUUCUCGACCGCACGUGACUUGGCGGUGCACAUCAUCCCGCUCUUCAUGAUGAAUCGACGAGAGUUUCACUCUGUGCUGCCGAAGGCGACGUCUGCCGCUGGCUACGCCACUACCUUUGGCCGGCUUUUGCUCCAGAUCAACGACAUGGAUCUCGUCACACGCUUUCUCGGUGACGCGAUCAUCGUCACGGAUGUGACAGCGAUCAACGACGCGGCUUCAUGUGUCCAGGCGUGCUUGCUCCAGUGCGGCUGGCCCGAACUGCAAGAGACCUUUACUGGCCUUCUCGCGCGCUGGUACGUUCCAGACGCCAUGCUACUGCUGUCGAGCCUCGCUGGUAUUGCGCUCGAUCCGGUCUGCCCAGCGCUCGCCCAGCCGUUCGUGUGCGAGUUUCUCAAGCCGGGCUGGCACUCGGUUCGGCCACGAGCAAUGCGAUACCGACCUCUCGACACCGCGGGCUUCAUGGCCGACUGCAUCCUCCUCGACUGGUACGUGGACGAGCACGCGCCGAAUCUGCCCCGCGGCAACUGGCUCAGCGCGCACUUGCCGCCGGCCAUGGUUGGGGCCGUCGACGCGUUUUUCUACCCGCGCCGCCCAGGCGCAUCGACGCUGCUUGCGUCGACAGAGCUCUGUUCGGCGCAAGAUUUGCUGGUCCACUUGCCCAGUGUACUCGCCCGCGUCCGUCGCAGCCAGCCGUCCGUGCAGCUCCAGGUGUACGUCGACGCGGUCGUCGCCGCCGUCGACUCCAUCAGCGGCCGUGUGACGCUCUUGCAUCGCAACGCGCGACCGGACGCCUUUGCGACUCUCUUGCACCUGCUGGACACCAACGGACUCGUGACGGCCACGCGCCUUGAGAGCCUCUGGCGGCUCUGGGGCUUCGCAGCCCUCGCAGGUACCUCGCACCUAUUUCUGGUGCUGAACGCUGCACCGUCGCCGCAGCUACGGUCGCUUUUGUCGCCCAAGAUCAUGGACGCCGUGACGACGCUCGAAGAGAAAUCGUUUGACUUUGCCGUCGACAACCCGCACCACGAGUCUUUUGGACGACCAAGCGUGGCGGCGCUCGAAGCGCUGGCCGUCGUGUCGCCCGCAUCGAUCUCGACGUUUGCAGCCGCGUGGGCGGCGCAGCUGCCGCCGCAUGACGCAGAGGAGCGGGAUGUCGCCUUGGCACGGUACCGCUACUUUCUCUUUCUAUUUCUGCAGACGCUCUACGACGUUGCGCCGCACGAGAAGGCUCUUGUCACGUGCUUGGCGACGCAGUUCUUAGCGCUGCUCGGAGACGUCCGUGACGCGACGCCGCUGCCCGCGAUGACCGAUUACGUCAUUCGCGACAUCGCUGUCGACCCGACGCACUGCGCCGAUCGCAAGAUUUUCCGGGAAUUCCUUAACGAUGGCGCGAUGCGUCGUCGCGUGGGUCACAUCGCGGCGCUCUGCGACGUCGUUCGCGGUACUCUGCACGCGCACCCGACGCGGCUCCGCGCUAUCAAGUGCGAGGGCUCCGAGUCGGACGACGAGGACUCGAUCGAGAAGGAAGAGCAGCCCGGGUGUUUGGCCGAAGACAUCCGUAUGGUGGCUGCCGUCGACGCCAUCCUCGCCAACGUACGAGGCAAGCGCCGGGACAAGAGUGCCAUUUCGGAUGAGCGACGUCCCAAGCUCCAACGGUGCAGCGACGACCAUCACGACGGCUAG